AUGGCUCUGCGUAAGAAAUCUAUGGGCGAACUAUUGGCAAAAUACCAGGAGGAAUCCAAGGCAGCAGCCUCGAAAACGGGCACGCCGAAAAUGACCGGGAGCCCCUCUCCAUUCAAAAAAUCGGCAAUGUUCCCGAAGCCAAUGUCCGCCCAGUCGGACAAAGUAUCUAGAAAUUCUGGGAAACGACCGGCAACCAAGGCCACCAAGUUGGCUAAACGAAAAACUGAUGAAAUCCACUCGUCUGACAAGGAAAAUGCACCUUGUCUCGAGUCCAUGAAUAUACCUCUUGCUAACCCGAAGAGACGUGGCAAAGCCGGAGCCCAGGGAGGGACUGCGCGAGUAAUCUCCCAACAUGCACAAGGAAGCGUACUUUCUCCUAAAUCAUCGAACUCGAGGACGUUUCCGCAGUCCCCACUGAAACAAUCACCUGUAAAACCGCAGCCAUACAUAUCACCUUUGAAACCCAGCUACGGGAAUUUAGACGAAAAUACCAAGGCGAAUGCGAGCAGAGGCACUGCUCGCAAGAUCCUUUCUCCGCAAAAUAGCCCAGCAAGUAAGCGUCCAUCCAGCGCUGCGUCAGUGAGAAUGAAAAGAGGUACGGGAGCAAAGUCGGCAAUGGGAGCGCUAGGCACAACGCGAAAGACCAUUUCCCGACCGGCAACCCGGCAACAGCAUACGCGGUCUGCUAGCACAAGCACGACGGCGUCAAAUAUAUCGGUUGGUACUACUAUAGUACGGCCUACUAGGUCCGGUACUACUACUGCCGCGAAGAAGGCGGCUGCAGGCACCGGCACAUCUACUACCAAGAAAACGACAGCGCCAAGGGGUCAAACGGGGACCGCUGCAUCGAACGCAAAGAAGACAGCAGCUGGAACAAGAAGGGGUUUAGCGGCUGAGCAGCCAGCAGCAGGUAGAAGAGUGCUUCGAAAUAGGGCGUGA